AUGUUGCUCUUCCUAGGACUGCUGCUGCUUUUCCUUCCAAAUGUCACAGCUCAAGGAAAAACACCACUGCCGAAAAGGUUCGAAUUCAUCUACAUGAAGCUCAUUCAAAAUGAAACCGGAGGAACUCUGGUAUGGGGUGAAAUGUUGGCGAUAGAGGCGUUGGACAUAUUGAUG